GUCGACCGUCUGAGAGACCCUAACAAGAUGCCGUCUAUCCGCCCGUUGAGUCCUGAGCUUCAGAAGACUGCCAUCGAGAAGCUGAACGAGGUGCCAAAUAAGUUGGACGAUGAUAUUGCCGCCCUGAGGGAUUGGAUUAAGCAACAGCCCCACCUGAAAGCCCGCACAGAUGAUCAGUUCCUGGUGAACUUCCUGCGCGGCUGCAAGUUUAGUUUGGAAAGGACCAAGGCCAAGAUCGAUAAGUUCUACACACUCCGAACAAAGUACCCAGAGUUUUACCUGGGUCACAAUGUCGAUGUAGAAAAACUGCUGGAUAUCUUUAAGCUAGGUACUAUAGUUAUUCUGCCACGUCCUCUGAACGAUAAUGGGCCGCGUUUGGCCAUGAUUCGCAUGGCUUCAUACGAUCCGAGCAAGUACACUUUCCAGGAGAUAAAUCGCGCCGGGGGUCUCAUGCAGCAGAUUAUGCUCGAUGAAGAUGAUGUGGCCAUCGUGAACGGACUUAUAUCCAUUCUGGACCUUUCCAAUGUCACCACGGGGCACUUCCUGCAGAUGACCCCCUCAUUUGCCAAGAAGAUGACCGUGUUCCAGGAAGAAGCUCUGCCCCUUCGACCACAGGGAAUUCACUUUAUCAACACGCCCAAUGGCUUCGAGACUGUCUUCAACAUGAUCAAGCCCAUGAUGUCGAAGAAACAGCAAGGACGGCUCUACGUCCAUGGAACCAAAUGGGAAGCCCUCUAUGAUCAGAUCCCCAAGAAGUAUUUGCCAGUGGAAUACGGAGGUGAAAAUGGCUCAAUUUCGGAACUCUUGUUGGAUUGGGAGAAGCGUAUUCUGGCCUACAGGAACUACUGGGAGGAGGAGAAGAACUACGGAACCGACGAGAGCCUCCGAGUGGGACAGCCCGUCGACUUCGAGAGCCUUUUCGGACUGCAAGGCUCUUUCCGGCAAUUGAAUGUCGACUAAGGCCAUCAGCCCUCAGCCAAAUUACUAAAAAUAGUCUCAGCUGCAGCUCUUAUCUUAAGUUACAAAGGUGUAGGAACUCAAGUACCCGAGUUUAACUUGAAUCUAAUCGGUUUUUGAUAAGCAUAGAGAUAUGAGCAUAAAAACAAACAAGGAACUUGACUCAAACUGAAAUAAAUAUAGUUAAAUGCCAUUAAGUUAAAGAUUAUAGCUUAAAUUAUAAAAGCUAAUCUCGUGUAUAUGCCCACAAAUCCAACAGGAAAUCACACGGAUUAUCAGAUGAAAAGGGGGACCACCUGUAUCAGCUGCUUGGAAGAGUUCUUCAAACAGAGAGUCGGCAUAAACAAAACACAAAUUGGGAUCCACGCGAGAGCCAAACAAUACGAAACAAAUGAAAAGCCAGAGAAAAAUCGAAAAUAAAUGUUUUUCCAAAACUGUA